AUGGCAAACAAACUAAUUCUUGUAGUUCUGUUCUUUCUCUCAGCAGCCGAAGCAAGAAAAAGACUAUACUCAGUAAAUGGUAUUUGCAAAUCAAUGGUGGAGACACAAGGCUAUGAUUGCGAAGAGCAUACAGUAACAACACAAGAUGGUUAUAUUCUUAGCAUGCAGAGGAUUCCAGUAGGAAGGUCCAGCAAGAAACCAGACAAGCCACCUGUUCUUCUACAACAUGGGCUCUUGAUGGUGAAAGUUAUGGUGUUAUUGCAGGAUGGGAUAACAUGGCUAUUGAAUUCUCCACAAGAGUCUUUAGCAUUCAUCUUGGCCGAUAAUGGAUUCGAUGUUUGGCUAGCCAACAGCCGUGGGACAAAUUAUAGCCGUGGACAUACUUCACUCAGUCCCAAUGAUCCGGCUUAUUGGGAUUGGUCAUGGGAUGAACUAGUCGCUUAUGAUCUACCGUCUUCAUUCCAGUAUGUUCAUGAUCAGACAGGUCAGAAACUGCACUAUGUUGGCCAUUCCUUGGGAACAUUGAUUGCUUUUGCUGCAUUUUCCCAAGAGAAGCUGCUAAACAUGUUAAGAGCAGCUGCCUUGCUUAGCCCUAUUGCUUAUCUAGGUCAGGUGCCGUCACCUCUUGCAAGAGGUGCUGCUGAAGCUUUUGUGGCUGAAGACUUGUACUGGUUGGGUCUCAAUGAAUUUGCUCCCAGAGGGGAGGCUGUCGCGAAACUUCUGGAAGAUAUCUGCAAUAAACCGAACAAUAAUUGCACUGACCUAAUUACUUCUUUAACAGGCCAGAAUUGCUGCCUGAAUUCUUCUAGAACAGAUGUUUUUCUCGAUCAUGAACCUCAGUCAACAGCAACAAAGAACAUGGUCCAUCUAGCUCAGAUGAUUAGAGGAGGGAGCAUAGCAAUGUAUAAUUAUGGGAGUGAAGAUGAGAACAACAAACACUAUGGACAGCCGACUCCUCCUUUGUACAACAUGUCAAGCAUCCCCAAUGACCUUCCUCUCUUCCUCAGCUACGGAGGGCAGGACUGGCUUUCGGAUGUGAAUGAUGUGCAGACACUGCUGCUAGGCAGUCUCAAAGACCAUGAUGCUGAUAAGCUCGUGGUACAAUUUAGGGAGGACUAUGCACACGCCGAUUUUGUGAUGGCUGUAAAUGCCAAUCAAGUUGUGUAUGAUCCUCUCAUGGCCUUCUUCAACCUACAGUAAUCAAGCGAGCUCGUGAAUAUGAAUAUAUCUAUACAUAUUCAAGCGAUCUUGAAAUUAUUUUUGAUGUUACAGUGCUAGCUUCUGUGCUACUCCGCUCAACAGUGCUCGACAGUGAACUUGCGGCUAUCUCAUUUGACGAGAUAGCCAAAUGGAUCAUCCUAAAUGGACUUGAAUUUGUGUG